AGCCCAAAGUAAGUCACUCAAGCAUUCAAAAUCGCUUAAAGCUGCAUCACCUCUCUCUGAAUUCCUCUCCUUCUUGUGAUUUAACCGUCGACAUGGCUGGCUCCUUGGUCCUUAAACUCUCAGGCAUGGUUCUGUUGUGUAUGGUGGUGGCUGCACCAGUUGCAGAGGCGGCCAUAACAUGUGGGCAGGUGGCUAGCAGCUUGGGGCCUUGCCUUGGCUACCUCAAGGGUACGGUUACUCAAGUCCCUCCCGGCUGCUGCAAUGGGAUCAAGGGCCUCAGCAAAGCGGCCGUUACCACAGCUGACCGCCAGGCCGCCUGUGAGUGCCUGAAAAAGACCGCUGGUUCCAUCUCCGGACUCAACCCUUCUCUUGCUGCUGGCCUCCCAGGCAAAUGUGGUGUCAGUGUUCCUUACAAGAUCAGCACCUCCACUAACUGCAAAACUGUGAAAUGAGGACGACGGAGAAGAAACUUUUCAGCCACAGGAAAUAAUUAAAGUAGCUAGCUAGCUUUAUAUAAAAUAAAAAAAUGGGUGUUUGGUCCAUGUGGGGGCUCCUCAUGAGGGAGCCUCGUAUUAUUGUAUUAAUGUAAUAGUGCGGUUGCUGCAUGUUGUAUCGAUUACGCUAUGUGCUGGGUUAUUUUGUGUAAUAAAUAUAUCGAAACUACUGCUAAA